CGGAACCUCCUCUCAGUUGGAGGCACGCAACAAGUUGCUCUAUUAAUAGUUGUUUUUUACGCAGAAAGUGUGAGAGAUUUUUGUGCCCAGUUAAUCCGUGAUAAAAGUGUCGCAGUUUAGCGCCUUUUACUGAGGAAAGUAGUUUAAAAGCUGCUGAUUCGAAAGAGCAAAAACUUACCCUGUUAGACCAAACUUCGGGAAACUAUGUUGCGCUUAAGAAGCAUCCUAUUCAUCGGACUGGCGUUUGUCUUUGCGAAGAUCGAAGGCGAUGACAAUUUCGGUUUAAACCUAGAAGAUGCAUUAAAUGAUGAUCCAACUAAAGCACCAACUACAAAACCUUCAUUGCCCGAUGUUCCAUUGGAUUUAGAUUUUGAUGAUGACAAGAAACCUGUUGAUCCAAAGCAGGAUGAUGUUGAUGGAUUUGAUUUGAGUGAUGCUGUUAACGGUGAAGACAAGUACACUCCAACCAAGUCCCCUUAUAAGCCAGGAGGCAGUGGUGGAUCAGGCCAUCAGUUCGGGGAUGAUGAUCUUGCAGAUGUAGCUGGUGGCAAUUAUAAACCUGACAAGACUGGUUCUAAAGGCCGUUCAGGUGGGCCUCCAGGAGGCUCAAGCCAAGAAAGCGAUCAAGGAAGCAAAACUGGUACCUUAACUGGUAUAAUUAGUGGUGUUCUCCUGUCCGUGGUAGGAGCUGUGUCUAGCUACAUUCUCUACCAAAAGAAGAAGCUUUGCUUUAGCCUAACAGGGAGCUCCGGCGAACAGAACGUGAAGCAAAAUAGUGCUCAAGGCCAACAAGAGGAACCCCAGUCUUAUAACACUCUUCUGCAGUCUCAGCCUGCUACCAAUGCCUAGAAGAUGGCUGACAGUGGAGAAAAUAUCAGAAAGUAAAUGGCUGUGUGGUCCAACCAGACACUUGACAUCCUACCACAGAUUUAUCUCCUGUUCACUUGUCUUUCCACUUCAGAAUCUUGUUCUGAAACAAUGUGAAUUCAUUUUCACAUUUGAUUUCAAAGAUGUUUGUAAAAGGUUUUGAUGUCCCCAAACAGCUAAAUUUGAUACAGUUACACACAAAUGCUAAAGGAACUCAGCAGGUCUGGCUGCAUCUUAAUGCAUGCAUUACUAAAUGACAAUAAAAGAGGACUGCGUGUCCUCAUAAUCUAAUCUAAUCUUACGUGUUGCCUGUUACACCACUGGCAUUUAGGGCAGCAAUGAAGGUCCUCCAUCAGUGUAUAGAAGGAUUCAUCAUUGCUGUUCCUGUGACAAUUACGUUUUGACCAGUCAAGGUUGUUAGCCCUGAGCUGAACCCCAAAACCUGGAGGACCAGUGGACCACUCUUAGUCUAGCCCUUACCCUUUGACCUGUUUGGCAUGGGUGACCCUACCACGGCCUAAAGCACAAGGGCCUGACUCCAGGCAACAUAGUUCUUGGGCCAUUGAGAGACGCAAGCCUCCAACACCUGUGACAAGGCUGUGGUCCUCUUGGAGGAGGCUGCAUCUACGGAGAGCAAUAAACAGUCGACGUUUCAUACUAAGACCUUCAUCAGUCCGGAUGAAAGAUCUCGGCCCAAAUCAUCGAUUGUUUAUUCCCUUCUGUAGAUGCUGCCUGACCUGCUGAGUUUAUCCAGCAUUUUAUAUGUGUGGUGCUCAGGAUUUCCAGCAUCUGCAGAAUCUCUUGUGCAUUAUAAAAUUGUUUGACUGUAUAAAACAUCUUCUGUAGAUUAAUUGAUGUGCAUGAGCUUUUCUGUUAAAUGUUGGACUUUAGAUAUUUUUAGAUGUGAGGAAUAUUGCAAGUGUACACAAUGGAAGGGUGUAUGGUUCACAACCCUGGAGUUGUUGUAAUGUCUAGUUUACAGAAUGUUUUCUUAUAUUUGAGUAAUCAUACUAAAACGUCAUGCCAAAAUAUUUGUAAAAAGUGGAGAAAUCUGUCUUCUGUGCAUCAUCAAUAUGUGAUUCUGUAGUUCUGGUUGUCCUGCCUUAGGACAGAUGUGAUUAAGCUGGAGAGAAUGCAAAAAAGAUUCAUGAGGAUGUUGCUGGGUCUGGAGGAUUUUGGUUACAGGGAAAAACUGAAGACACUCUUGAUGAGGCUGAAGGGUCAUUUUCAAUGUUUAUAAGAUCAUGAGGGGCACAGACGGGGAUGGAGGCGGGGGGUGUGGGAGGGGUUUGUCACAGUCUUUACCCCCCAGGACAGGGGAGUGUAGAAUUAGAGGGCAGUUUAUAGUGGGAGGGAAAAACCUGAGAGGCAGACUUUUCCAUACAGAGGGUGGUGCGAAUGUGGACUGAGCUGUCAGAGAAAUUGGUAGGAAUGGGUACACUUGCCACAUUUAAAAUACUUUUCACCGUUACGUGGAAUUGGAAAGGUUGAGAUACAUAUGGGCCAAACACAGGCAAAUGGAACAAGCUCAGUUAAGACAACUUGGUUAGCAUGGGCGGAAGGGCCAGUUUCCAUGCAGCGUCAAUCAAUAAACUCACUGAUCUCUGAACUGUUUUGUUGCCUUUACUAGAUGUGAGUUUCAGAAGCUCUUCAGUGUGCAUAUGUUCUAUGUUCCAUGUUUAGCCGAUAUAACAGAACUAAUUUCCACUCUUUGUAUAUUCAAAGACCUGAAGUGCUGUGCAUUUGCUGUUUUGGUAAUUGUGUAAAUUUGUUG